ACAAUAGGAAAUAAAAAUAAAGCUUUAACAGUGAGAUUCAUUAUUACUACCCACAAGCUCAAGAAACCACUGUCGGUAAAUUCUUACAGAGCCCACCAGCCAAUCUUCCUUCCUCUAGUUGUCUCUGCUUUUUAUUUUUGUCCGAAUUUGCUUUUCCAUCAUUUCCGUAUCCCACCUUAAAGACUUCCAUUUCUUAGUCAACUGUGAGGUUUGUUUUAUAAGUGUCUGUCAGGUUUUCCGGCAGAGCCAUUUACAGCUAUUUUGCUUGAGUGAUUUUCAAGUAAAGUCAUAUCCUGUUGUCUCCAAGUAACCUUUUUGCAUAUUUUCCUUCUAUUUUAGGUUUGUUUCAUUGAGAAUUUCCCUUGUUUAGCUUAUUUGGAGGAGGGGCAUUUUUUUCUUUUUUUUUACACUGUUAUUUCAUGGGGUUUUGGAGAUUCUAUGGUAUUUUAUCAAAUCUGGGUGAUUCAUAAAAUCUCUGUUUCUAUCACCAGUACUCCUUGAAAUUUGAUGUUCUUAAAGGAUCAAAUGCUUGUAAAUUAAGCUAAACCAGGAAGACUUUAUUAGAUUCACAAAACAUGGACUACGGAAAUGAAAUUUCGUCCUCUCUAACCUUUGCCGCAACCUCUUAUUUAUCAAAUGUGUCUGGAAAUCAUCUCACAGAAGCUGCAGCCACAAGUGCGGACCCUGGGGCCGACCCUGAAAUUUUGAGCUUGAGCAGGCUCAGUGGCAGCCUUGAAAAGUUAUUGGUUGAUGAAGAAUAUGAUUUCUACAAUGAUGCUGAGAUUGUUGUGGAAGGCAAUGUUGCAGUGGGUGUGAAUAGGUGCAUAUUGGCUGCUCGGAGUCAGUACUUCCAUGAACUUUUUACAAAAGGGAGAAAUGAUAGUUCCACGAAGGAGCAAGGCAAGCCAAAGUAUCUGAUGUCUGAGUUACUUCCUCAUGGUCGGGUGGGGUAUGAAGCCUUCAAAGUUUUCUUAAACUAUUUAUAUACCGGCAAGGUUAAGCCAUCACCGAGGGAAGUUUCAACAUGUGUGGAUGAUACUUGUUCCCAUGAUGCCUGCGGCCCUCUGAUUAAUUAUGCUUUGGAAUUGAUGUAUGUUUCUGCCACUUUCCAGAUGAAAGAGCUGGUUUCAAAUGUUCAGCGCCAUCUUCUGGAUAUUGUUGAGAAGGCGCUUGUGGAAGACGUAAUCCCAAUUCUUGUGGCAGCGUUUCAUUAUCAGCUUAACCAGCUUCUAUCUGACUGCAUCCAAAAAGUGGUAGUAUCGGAUCUUGAUGUUGUAUGUCUAGAGAAAGAACUGCCUCAGGAAGUUUAUGGAAUGAUCAGGUCACUACGUCUCAAACCUCAGCAAGAGGCUGAGCCUGGUGUAGUGGAGUUAGACUCACCAAUCCUUGAAAAGAGAAUCAGGAGAAUCCUCAAGGCACUGGAUUCUGAUGAUGUUGAAUUGGUCAAGCUUCUUCUGAAGGAAUCCAAUGUCACAUUAGAUGAUGCUUAUGCACUCCACUAUGCUGCUGCCUACUGUGAUCCGAAGAUUGUUAAUGAGUUGCUUAGUCUUGGGUUGGCUGAUCUCAAUCUCAGGAACCCCCGAGGGUACACAGUUCUUCAUGUCGCUGCAAGACGCAAGGAACCAUCAGUGCUGGUGGCACUGCUGAACAAGGGAGCCUGUGUGGCAGAAACUACAUUUGAUGACCAAACUGCCGCUUCUAUUUGCAGGAGACUAACUCUGCUCAAGGAUUAUAAUGAGAACAAAAAGCAGGGGGAGCUAUCCAAUAAAGAUCGUUUAUGCAUUGGUAUCCUUGAGAGAGAGCGGAAUUCAGAAUCUGAGAAUCUGGGAAUUUCAUCACAAGUGAUAGCUGAUGAUUUACACAUGAAACUGGAUUACUAUGAAAAUCGAGUCUCAUUCGCACUGUUGUUGUAUCCUGCGGAAGCCAAGGUGGCUAUGGAAAUUGCAGAUGCAGAUUCAAACACGAGGAAAGUUGAUUUGAAUGAAUCACCUACCAUACAGACCAAAAGGCUUCAAUUGAGAUUGCAAACCCUGAUUAAAACAGUGGAAACUGGCAAGCGAUACUUUCCGCAUUGUUCAGAAGUGCUAGACAAGUUUCUGGUGGAUGAUAUGUCGGAUGCUUCCUUAUUUGAAGAAGGCAGUUCAGAAGAGCAGAUAAGGAAGAAAAGGCGAUUCACAGAACUGAAAGAGGAGCUGCUGGAGGCAUUUCACAAGGACAAAGCUGAUCAAAAGAAUAAUAAUAACAAUAAUAAUAGGUUUUGUGCUUUGUCACCCUCAUCCUCAUCAACCUCAUCUUCUGCAAAGCAGGGUGGUGCGCCUUACAAGCCUAGAAGAAAGUGAUGUCUGUAUCGAUUAGAUUUUACUCUUUCAUUCUGUUCUUCACAGAUUCAUGUUCUGGCAUUUCAGCAAGGUUGGUGCUGCUUGAUGAAAUUUAUCCUGAUCUAUUUUUUA